GAGGGGGGUCUCUGAGCACGGCACUAAAAUGCCAUUUGAGUUUGAGUUCACUGUGACUGCAAACGUUCGUACAGGCAUUCAUUUGGUGCUGCCAUCCUGAGUGUUCAAAGCUAUGAUUUGAUCGACAAUGACUUGUGGGGUCUUUUAAAAGACUAAUACACCUGAGCUAUGAGUUUCAGAUUUAUGUUUAACUUAUGGAUGCUCAAAGCAACGCCAAAUAGUAAAAACUGUCAGAUUUCACAAGCCUGCAUGUUGUGAGGUGAGAAUUUGAAGAACCUCUUGUUUACUACUGUCUGUGUCGAUUUUCCAUCUUCAGCUGAACCUUGCAGACACCACACAGGAGGGCUAACAACACAUGUGGUUUGAACAGGAGUACGAGGUUAUCUGUGUUCUAGUGAUUCACCCAGAUUUGUAGCAAUCUUAGUUGUGUAUACGUUUGUAUUUUGUUCCAAAAGGCUUCUUGAUCUUGUCGUUUUUAUAUUUACAGAGAUAAGCUCUCGCUGAACUUUUAAAAUGUUAUUGACCCAAAUUAAGAUUUUCUUUCCUUUUAAAUCCAUGUCACCAUUAGCUUUUUCUCUGUUGGCCCAUCUCUGUUCAAUAAAUCAACUACAGGGCUGUACCUUCAUCAGACACAUUACACAGCACGACUCUAAAGAUUGAUAUUGUUUUGAAAAGCAGUGCUCACAGAUGAGCCUUCAUGAUCAUCUUGUUUACCUCAAUAUAAGUGGUUACUCUUAACAUUCCUCUGAUCUUCUAAAUAUGAGCGACAUGAGAUAAGAGGUACUGUACCUCACAGCAUCAAUGAGAAAAAGGCGUCAUUGAUGCUGCUGUGUACAUAGAUACGAGGACAGUGUGGCUCUUAGUAUUGAAAUAUAAGUGAAACACUUAUUAGCACAAAAUAUAUUUCAGAGUUGUAUGAUCAACAGUAUCAAAAAUAUUUCAGGACAGCCCACCAAAAAACAAAAUUUUUAUUACCGCAGACGCUGCUGUACUGAAGCAGCCUGGCCUUUAAUCAGUCUACUAAUAUAUGUCAGCUGUGAGUGACCCCGUUGGUUGACCUGAAGCCACUGAAGAAGGGCCUUUGCCUGAAAACGUCUGCGACAAUAAAAAGAAGUGGAAGUUUAAGAUUUUGGUGUGAUGUCCUGAAAUAUUUCAAACACAUUUUUUGGUUGAGGAUUCAGCGGCCACAUAAGUUACUGAGGCCAUGCCUGAGCUGAGGACAGACAUUGAGAUCAUUGUUGCUGAUGUGUCUAUUGAGGAGUCCCUGGCACUCAUGUGCCAACAAGGCCUGGUGAUUCUUAACUGUGUGGGACCUUACAGAUUUUACGGCGAACCAGUGGUCAAAGCUUGCAUAGCAAAUGGAGCUCACUACAUUGAUAUCUGUGGGGAGCCACAGUUCCUCGAGCGUAUGCAGCUAGAGUACCACACCAAGGCCUUGGACAAAGGAGUUUAUGUCAUUGGCAGCUGUGGCUUUGACUCCAUACCAGCAGACCUGGGGAUCCUGUACACACAGAGGCAGUUUAAAGGAACACUGACAGCUGUGGAGAGCUUCCUGCAAAUCACCAGUGGGCCUGAGGGGUCGUCAGGCCAUGAUGCCACUUGGCAGUCUGCCGUGUACGGUUUUGCAGACAGCAAAUCCCUGAGCCAGCUAAGAAAAAAGUUUGGCCACAAGCCGCUGCCUGUGGUGGGUGCCAAAGUCAAACAGAGGGGUUUUCUCUUUUUCAGCAAGGAGAUUGAGCAGUACACCAUCCCAUUUAUGGGUUCUGACCGCUCUGUCGUCAGGAGAAGCCAGCAUUACCUGUACGAGGAGGAACAACAGUCACCAGUCCAGUACAGUCCCUACGUGGGGAUCGGUGGCCUCUUCUCUGUCGUGAAGCUCCUCUGUGGCGGCGUGUUUUUCUGGUUUAUGGUUAAAUUCAGCCUGGGCAGGAAACUCCUCACCACGUUUCCAUCAUUGUUCUCCUGCGGCUUAUUCUCCAAGUCUGGUCCAACCAUGAAGCAGAUAGAAGACACCUGUAUCAGCAUGACAUUUUAUGGGGAAGGCUACUCAGAGGGUUCAGAUCCCACACAGGGUCGACCAAACACCAAGAUCUGUACUCAGGUCACAGGAGCAGAUGGAUAUCUAAUAACAGCCUCUGCUAUGGUACAAGCUGCUGUAACUCUGCUGAAUGAGCUGCACUCUCUCCCCAGAAGGGGAGGCGUGUACAGCCCAGGAGCUGCCUUCUUUAAAACCAGCCUCAUCGAGCGCCUCAGUAACCACAACCUUAAGUUCUCAGUCAGAAACUAACACCACUCGAUUUAAGAGUAACCACUGUAAAAGUGAAAUCACUAAUAUUGACUGAAGAUGUUCAUGAUCUGGUACAACAUCAUCACUAACAUUUUAAGUUGAAAGUUGUGAUUCAUCAGAGCGGUCUGAGCUCAGAACAGAACCACUAAAGCAAGAGGAGGUUUGCUGUUUCACUUUCAAGUCCCCUUCAGAAAACAUCUGUUUUUAACUCCUUUUCUCUUUUCUUUCUGUUGAAAAGCAGCAAGUACUUGUAUUUUAAUCUGGGGGGAAUGUAAACAUGUUUUCCUAUCAUCUUUAAGAUAUCUCACAUUGAUGCAGCAGCUCUACAUCUUUCCAACAAGCUGGCAUAUUUCACACACUAAUCUGUUGACUCUGCAUUCUUGAAAAUGUGUUAGGUUGGCUUUUUGCGAAUCUGAUCAACACACUUAGUCAACAUGCAAACGUGUACUUUAACAUGUAGGAAAACAAGGGCGCCAGUGGCCUAGUGGUUGGUGUUUGCGGCCCAUUUGCAGAGGCUGUAGUCCUCCAGGUGGGUGGCCCGGAUUCGGGUCUGGCCUUUGGCUCCUUUACUGCAUGUAAUUUCACUCACUCUCUCUGUCCCUGAUUUCCAACUCUAUCCACUAUCUGUACGAUAAGGGCACAAAAAGCCCAAAAACUAAUCUUACAAAAACAGCAAAAAAGAAACUUGAGGAGAAACUGAGUAAUUAAAACAGAAUUAUAAAAGAACAGAAACAUCUUUCUUUUGUGACUUAUGGUAAUGCAGAAUCCAUAAUGCAGAACAUCUCUGGAAUAAGAGAUGAUGCUUUUACUGCUUUUCAGCAUAAUUCUGACCUACUGCCAACAGUUUAGAAGUCACAUAUUAUUCUCCUUUAUCAACAAGUUUAAAUAAUUCUCAGAGCUCCUAACAACAUGUUUGUGAAGUUUCUUGUUCUAAAUCCACUCUGAUCCUGUAUUUGAUCAUGUCUAUAAACCCCUCUAUUUCAGCCCUGCUCAGAACAGACUGUUUCUGUGUCUGUACCUUUAAAUGUAAAUGAGCUGUGUCUGACCACGCCCCCUCUCUGAAGGGCUCGGGUGUCUCAGGCUUUCUCACACCAUGCCCUAAUGAAGGCAGACUCAGAGGGCAGAACAAACACCUAGCUGUGGGGGUGUCAGCCACC